GUUUGGCGGAAAUAUCGCGAGAUCUGAUGACCUGCUUCCUCAAAAUGUAAACAUUGCAGUUUUGCUAGUCGAAGUUCAGUGUUAUGUUCCACUGCACGGCAGAGGAGACGUAGAAAGGGUGACAUUAUUUUGGUCGUCGGAAUGUGACAUUACCUCGAAGUGAUUUCGACUGAAAGCCCACCGUUACAUAAUUUUAAGUCGUAGCGGAAUUUCGCUGUAGUGCUGGAAUGGGUAACACCCCUCCUGGGUCCAAAUGGAGAACCAAGGGAGCGACGAGGUGGAAAAAAUGAAGACAAAGUUCUUGUCUGUGUGGCACAAUGUGAAAUACAGUUGGGCUCUGAAGUCAAAGACCUCAUUCAGCAGAAAUUCUCCUGUGUUUCUUCUGGGAAAAUGUUACCACUUUAAGGCGGAAGACGAUGACGACGUGUCAGAAGACUGUUUGGAAGCAUCCAAUGAAGACUUUGUCAUGGGAAAUGUUGAGGAUUUCCGAAAGGAUUUUGGAUCUCGUGUGUGGCUAACAUAUCGGGAAGAGUUUCCCCCUCUGUCUGGCUCUGCACUGACGUCUGACUGUGGUUGGGGCUGCAUGCUGCGGGCUGGACAGAUGCUGCUGGCCCAAGCGCUAAUUCUGCACUUUUUGGGCAGAGAAUGGACCUGGUCAGAAGCACUGCAGCUUCAGCCUUUAGACACCGAGACGUGGACCACUACUGCUGCAAAGCGCAUGGUAGCAUCCCUCGAAGCCUCCCUACAUGGCACCCAGAGCAAGCCAUCCUCUAAUCCUGGCUUACCGGCCGUACCUCAGGCUCAGGCUGCACGGUCUGCAGAGGAAGCAGAUGCCCAUUUAAAAGAAAUGUAUCACAGGACACUGGUUUCAUGGUUUGGAGACAACCCAUCUGCCCAACUGGGCCUGCACAGACUGGUGCACUUAGGCUUAACAAUGGGGAAGCAGGCAGGAGACUGGUAUGGUCCUGCUGUGGUAGCACACAUUCUUAAGAAAGCCAUAGAGGAAGCAAUGGACCCUGCCCUGGCGGGUAUAUCUGCUUAUGUCUCUCAGGAUUGUACAGUGUACAGCGCUGAUGUGGUCGAUAGCCACAAGGCACCCCGAGCAGGGCACCCGUCUGCUGGUGCGGCACAUGCCCCGCCCCCUCCACAAAACAACCAAUCAGCAUCUGCAUUCACCUUGCCAGACAGUCAAGCUGUUAUUAUUCUCAUCCCUGUGCGACUGGGAGGAGAGAAAACCAACCCUGACUACUUUAACUUUGCAAAGAAAAUGCUAAGUCUGGAGUACUGUCUCGGCAUCAUUGGAGGGAAGCCCAAGCAGGCCUGCUACUUUGUAGGAUUUCAAGAUGACAGCUUGAUUUACCUGGACCCUCAUUACUGUCAGUCUUUUGUGGACGUCAGCACCAGCGAUUUCCCUCUGCAGUCCUAUCAUUGUCCCUCACCCAAGAAGAUGCAGUUUACUAAAAUGGAUCCAAGCUGCACCAUUGGUUUUUACUCCAGAAGUGUCCAAGACUAUGAGAAAAUCAGCCAAGAGCUGUCUCGGGUGCUGCAGCCAUCGGCGAGCGACAAAUACCCAGCGUUCACUAUCGUGCAAGGUCAUGGCAGAGAUUACGACCUGUCAGCAGGUCUGACCCCGGAAAAGAGAGAGUGGCCCUUCAUCCGUGACCCGAGAAGGACAAUCACCACUGCUGGGGACUUUGUACUACUUUAACAAAACGGUUUGGAACUGCGAACAUGGAAUUUUUUUUCAUUGUGUGAUGCCUAAAAAAGUCUGUGUCUGAGACAGACGUAACAUUGAACCUUCUAGAACAAAACCUAUUUGUUCACUUUUUGGUGAACUUCUGUAACGCAACAAUAGGAGUUAGUUCAAUCCUGUUGUUUUCGCACAGUAUUGGGACUUUUUAGAGCUCUGCUUAUUUUUAUACUAACAUAAGAGGAGGAAUGCCGUGGAGGUGCCGCUAUAUUUUUCUUUCCAAACACAUUUCACUGUUAGUGCAGAGUAAUAUACUGUAAGUCCAGUACCACUACACGUACACUCACUUGUAAAAUAUUGACGGGUUCUGUUUGUUGAAAUAACUCUAAAAGUAUUAUUUUAGUUACACUUUUCUACAUUAAACUAACUGCGUUUGGGAAGAUUUUUAAAGGGCAAAAAAGACCAGAAAUGUUCCAAUCAGGGUUUUAUGCAGCCAAUCAUCCAUGAGUGCGAUGAGAUAUCAGUACUGAUCACUUAUAUCAACUUUAAAUUGUUCAAUGUAUUUAUGGUAAGUGAUAUUGACUGUUUAACAAUAUCAACACAAUAUUUGACUGAGUUAAUUAUUCUCUUUUAUUAAAUUACAAAUGUUUGAUCAAAACAAAGUCAAUAGUUCACAAUAACUAAUUUAAAUCAUUUGGUUUUUGCUCUUAAAGUCGAUACACUGUUACUACCUUUGGUAUUGACACCACUGAUUCAUGUAUCCAUCCGCCCUUCUCUUACGUGUCGUGUACUGACUGACAAUGUCGACAUGCCAACAUUAACUGUUAUAUUAUCCUUUAACUAGAUUCUUAUAAAUCUACUUAUUAAUUUCAUGUUAUAUCUACUUACUUUCUGCUCUCAUGUUGUUCAAUUUGCAUUUCUUAAAGUGUAUUAGGUCCCUGUUUUUGGUGUUGUUCAAAUCUAUCUUAGCUAUUACCAUGCCUGCUCCUGGCUUGUUCUCUGUGUUUGUAACAUCUUUAGCUUUGUCUUCCAAAGAUACUUAAAAUACUACCAAAUGCAGUUAUUUUUCCGUAAUGGAGAGGAUUAUCAUUCAUUUACGGCAGCUUCUCCACACUGUGUGUGAAAACACAUAAUUAGUUGCUAGCUGUUUGUCAGCCGAGGGACUAAGAAUAAUUUGUGACUGGCAUUAAAAGGCAUUAAUCUGCAAUGGCGAUCACUUAUUUUUUUCACGACAAUCAACCGAUACUGAGCAAUCGAUUGGCACAUCCCUAGUUAAAACUUCAGAUGCAAUCCUUUAAACCAUUUUUUAUCAUGUAUUAUGAAACAUAUCUCAAUAAAAAUACACCUGUGUUUUACUUGCAUCAAUAACACAGGGAAACGAUACACAGGCUUGAAUAAUUCACUGUUGCACAGGAGCUUGCAUUUGCAUAUUUUGAAACAGUGAGUUUGCAUUUCCACAUCCCAAAACGAUUCAUGUUUGAUAGAUGGAAAUUCUGAAUUUUCAAUUGUUGUGAAUGUGAGUUUUAAUUGGCAUGUUUUGAAUUAGUAUUUAUUUCGAUUUUAUCCAAAAACUGGUGUUUACAUGUACUGCACCGCAACAAUAUCUUUACUGAAGAUGCCUAAAGUUAAGAAUACCUCUUGUAUUGUUAAUGGCAUUUAAAUAAGUUUUAUUAUUAUGCAGUAAAUAAUAAUAUCAUACAGACAUCAACAGCAAUUGGAAAAUGUGUUUGUAUUGAAUAAUUUCGGGUAACCUGUCUUGUAAUAUUAACAAUACUGGCCUUUCAUAUCAAUGCACGUUGUAAAUUAGUGAAUUCAUUCCUUGCAUGCUUCACAGAGCAAACUCAUACAAAAGCCACCCUUUUGACAUUUUAAAGAAUGCUUGAAUAACUCGCUGUAAAACUUGAACACGCGCACUCAAAACUCUAUUGUGCAUGGACGUCUUCCAUGUCUUUCUGCGUUGCAACUAACACAACUGAUAUUUAGGACACUCAGUGGUGGUUUUUAGGUGUGGGUCACCUCGGCACAUACCUGUUCUUUAGGGGGCGCCGCAAGGAUGGAGGGGAAAGAAAGAUACAGAAGCACAUAAGGUCAGAAUAUACGUGUCUAAAUAGAAUUGGUAUUGUUCACAUAUCGUCUGUUACAGCUGCCAAAGCAUUACUUUUGAAAGAAUGCUUGUGCUUAAAUAUUGCUUGUCAUUUAAAAAAAUUGAAAAUGGGGAUUUUAUUAAAAACUUUUACAUUUUUACAAACUUUUGCAACAUACAAAACUAUUAAAAAAAGUAAUAGUGAUUUAAGUACUUGAAUAGUAUAAAUAAAAUGAUAAUUAAUGUCAGUUGGUUCUCUAUAAUGUAUAAGUAGUGUGAUUCUAGGUGUUAUAUUGUUAAAGGGGAACAUUAUCACCAGACCUAUGUAAACGUCAAUAUAUACCUUGAUGUUGCAGAAAAAAGACCAUAUAUUAUUUUAACUCGAUUUCCGAACUCUAAAUGGGUGAAUUUUGACAAAUUAAACGUCUUUCUGUUUAUCGCUCUCGGAACGAUGACGUCAGAACGUGACGUCACCUAGGUAAUAAAGCUGCCAUUUACUCAAACAUAUUACAAACAUCGUCUCUCAGCUCUGUUAUUUUCCAUUUUUCGACUAUUUUCUGGAACCUUGGAGACAUCAUGCCUCGUCGGUGUGUUGUCGGAGGGUGUAACAACACUGACAGGGAGGGAUACAAGUUGCCCAAAGAUGCAAAAGUGGCAAGAAAUUGGACGAAAUUUGUUCAAAAUAUGAGGGUGUGAGGAAAGCCGACAAAAUGGUCAGUCGUUUGUUCCGCACACUUUACCGACGAAAGCUAUGCUACUACAGAGAUGGCAAGAUUGUGUGGAUAUCCUGCGAAACUCAAAGCAGAUGCAUUUCCAACGAUAAAGUCAAAGAAAUCUGCCGCCAGACCCCCAUUGAAUGUGCCGGAGUGUCUGCAGAUUUUACCGGCGAUGCAAAGGCAGACAUGGCACAGAGAGAUGUAUGGAUAACCUGCAGAUGCAUUUGCAACGAUAAAGUCAACUAAAUCACAAAGGUGAGUUUUGUUGAUAUUGUUGACUUAUGUGCUAAUGAGACAUUUUUGGUCGCGGCAUGACUGCCAGCUAAUCGAUGCUAACAUGCUAUUUAGGCUAGCUGUAUGUACAUUUGAAACUAUAUUUACAUCCAGCGUUUCCUUCCACCCACAUUUAAUGCCAAACAAACACUUACCAUUCGACGGAUUUAAGUUGAUCCAGUGUCACAAGAUGCGAAACUUCCGAUCGUUGAUCUGCACAUUUUACCGGCGAUGCUAACGCAGACAUGGCCGAAUAGCGUCAAUAGCUAUUCGCUCAAUAGCUUCAGUUUCUUCUUCAAUUUAGUUUUCGCUAUCUGCCUCCAUACUCCAACCAUCCGUUUCAAUACAUGCGUAAUCUGUUGAAUCGCUUAAACCGCUGAAAUCCGAGUCUGAAUCCGAGCUAAUUUCGCUAUAUCUUGCUGUGGUAUUCGCCAUUGUUUGUUUGUAUUGGCAGCACUGUAUGACGUCACAGGAAAAUGAACAAUGGCUUCGAGAGAGCGAAAAAAGGGCACUUUAAAGCUUUUUUUAGGGAUGUUCCGGGAUGGGUAAAAUUUUGAAAAAAACUUCAAAAAAUUAAAUAAGCCACUGGUAACUGAUUUUUAUUGGUUUUAACCCUUUUGAAAUUGUGAUAAUGUUCCCCUUUAACAUUUUAUAAAAUUUUUAAAAAUCUAAACAUUUGAAAUAAAAUCCCAAUUAUGGCCCCAAUUGUCGCAGGAAAAACUAGCAGCAAUACAGAACACAAAUAAUGUACAAAAAAAACAACCUUAACAGCUUGUGUUGUAAUGUUGAUGUUCAGAAUUCCGUUCAUGAAUGCACCUCGCUCGCCGUGAUUGGUGCAUAAUAAGGAAGUGUUUUGAUGUUGUAUGAAAUUUGUGUGCAGUGUUGGAACUGAGCACUGCUGUAGGCAUGAUAAGAUUGGCAAUAAAAAUGAAAAAAAGCUUC